GACGCAGCGCGCAAGGUGGCCCCGCCCGGGUCCCGGCGCAGGGCCGGGCGCAGGCAGUGGCUGGGCGGUGGGGCUGCGGGGCGGUGCAGCCGGGCAGCGAGCUUCAUGGAGCCCGCGUUGGCGGACGGCCGCUUCCUGGGCGACUUGGGUCCGUGUCGCAGUGUCCCCAGCAUCCUGCAGAGGCACCUGGUGUGACAGGGCGUCCGCGCCAGAAUGAGGACGGCCCUCGGGAUGCCGCGGGACCCUAGAAAAUGCAAUCUCAGUUCAACGUGCGACCUGCAGAUUCGGUCAGCCCGAGAACAGAAAGGAUUGGAGGGCUUCUGGGUGGAGAGGACCCCCGUGCAUGAGGCAGCCCAGCGGGGAGAGAGCCUGCAGCUGCAGCAGCUGAUCGAGAGCGGUGCCUGCGUGAACCAGGUCACGGUGGACUCCAUCACGCCCCUGCACGCGGCCAGCCUGCAGGGCCAGGCGCAGUGUGUGCAGCUGCUGCUGGCCGCUGGGGCCCAGAGUGACUGGGCCUGGGCUGCCACAUGGGCCCACACGGCAGGUUCUGCUGAGUGGGACUCCAUAGACCAGCUGUUUGGGAAGAAAAAGCGAAGAGAAACAGAAAGAAACCCAGCUCUCCCGAGUGUGAGCACACCUGGCUGGCUUUGAGCUGCCAGCGUUUCUGGCUGGCAGAGCCCCCAGCAAUGUAGCUGUGAGCCCUGGCAAGCUGCGGCUGGCCCUGCACACCCCAAGUGACAUUAUAAGGCCUGGAACCCAUCUCAGAGCCCUGGGGACAGGGGAAACAAGAAGCUGUGCCCUGUUCACUCUUCCCACAGGCUUGUGCUAGAACGAGUUUCAGCACCUACCCAAACAGAAGCAGAAUGUGGUCAAAUUCUAAGCGGAAUUUGCGAGUGUGGGGAGUUGCUUUUUUCCUGGCCUGUGAUGGUCACGCUAGAGGAGGCACGUGACGUGGUCCCAGGCAUUCCCUCCAGUGGAGGCCUGAGUUAAAACCCAUUUUUAUACCCUGCCUCCCAGCUUGCAGCCCCUGCUCUGUGCCUAUUAGGUAUUGGUGGGGGGCGGGGGGUAAUCAAGGGGGAGGCUGAAGUCUCGAGAGAAAAGAGCCCCAGAUGGGAUGGCUUCUUUGCUUAGGAGGCCACAGAGACCCCCACCUAUGGGUCUGUCCUCACACGUCCUUGCAUUGCCGGUGCCUUCGCGUGUUAACAGCAAAGCAGUGCUUCCAGGAGGGGUCUUUGCAGAGAGGACUCUGCACGGGUUUGGGGGUGGGGGAUGGGAGGGACAGCAGGGUGCACAGUAUCUCUCUCUCCCCAUCCUCUGACACCUGCUUCUCCCCCCAUGAGGUGGAUGCCCGGAACAUUGACGGCAGCACCCCUCUCUGUGACGCCUGCGCCUCUGGCAGCAUCGAGUGUGUAAAGCUCUUGCUGUCCUACGGGGCCAAGGUCAACCCGCCCCUGUACACGGCAUCCCCUCUGCACGAGGCCUGCAUGAGCGGGAGCUCAGAAUGUGUGAGGCUUCUUAUUGACGUUGGGGCCAAUCUGGAAGCACAUGAUUGCCACUUUGGGACCCCUCUGCACGUGGCCUGUGCCCGGGAGCACCUGGACUGUGUCAAAGUGCUGCUCAAUGCAGGCGCCAAUGUGAAUGCGGCAAAACUUCACGAGACGGCCCUUCACCAUGCAGCCAAGGUGAAGAGCGUUGACCUCAUUGAGAUGCUUGUGGAGUUUGGCGGCAACGUCUAUGCCCGGGACAACCGUGGGAAGAAGCCAUCAGACUAUGCAUGGAGCAGCAGUGCCCCCGCCAAGUGCCUCGAGUACUAUGAGAAGACCCCCCUGACUCUGUCGCAGCUCUGCAGGGUGAGCUUGAGGAGGGCUGCUGGUGUGCGGGGACUGGAGAAGAUCGCCAAGUUAGACAUCCCGCCCCGGCUCAUCGAUUACCUCUCCUACAACUGAGCCGCCCCUGGCUGGCUGGGGAAGUGGCAGGCUGCCGAGGGCUCUAUGUGUUUAAGCAGCAGCGAGAUAGACAGCUCCUUGCAGUUGGCUGUCCUGUUUGAGCUUAUCUCCUGCGUCUCAGGUCUUGGUGGGGACGUCACUCUGUGCUGCUCUCUCUUCGGCAUGAGCCUGGCCACCCAGUUGUCCUCUUUUCGUGGAUUGUCCUCAAAGGCACUCUCAGGACAGAUAGCUCAAGGAGCAUGGAGGAAGCUGGCUGGACUGGGCUCUCAGGGCAGCUGCGCAGGUGCACCUAUCCCAGAUGUGGCCACCACCUCUGAGUCAGCACCAGGGCUGUCCUCAGUGCUCCGGGGAGUGGCCUGUGUUCUGAGGCUGGGCCUACAGAAGCCCAGAUCCUGACCAUGUGGCCUGGACAGCAGCUGUGCCAUCGUCCUGCUGCUCAGACGCUCUUUUGGAGCAGUGGUCGGCACAGUGCCCCCUGCGCCCAGACAUUUCCAUCACUCAGGGUCUUUACAUGGGUGCCGUGGGGAGAGGCUUAGUUUUUUAUUCCCCGAAGGUAGCAUGGUGUUUCUUAGGAAGUUUGUCUUCAGUGUUAGCCUCAGACUCUUUUAAAAAGUUUGUGUAGGAUAAAAACCUUUUAGAGGUUGCAGGGGCCGUCCCACUGUCAAUGAGCCAUUCAAACAAACAACCCCAUGAAGGCGUGAGGGUGCGUCCCGUUGCAUUUUCACGGGAAAGGCUGUUCUCAAACUCUUUGGGGUUGAUUUCCGUCCAUUGCUAGAGUUGCCAGGUGAAUUCGUCACCCACCCUAGAUUUUCUUUAACUCUUUGAAGCUAUCUGGUUGGUUAGAGAGGCUGCCUGCGCCCUCGGGUGCUAGCACGGCUUGCUCAUACAUCUCUCAGGGGCCAGGUAUCCUUCGGGCUCUUUGAACUGACUCAGCCAAGGCUGGAAAAGAACUUGUUUCACAAUCCUAUUCUAUAAUAAUAGAAAAAAGCAAGUCUUCAUUUGAAGCUUCAAGGUAAAGUAGUAUAUUCAGACUGCAUUUGCUUCCUGAGAGUCUGUGUUUUCAUUAAAAACAAAAUAUAAAAAACUCCCCACCUACAACAGAAAGUGAAACUAGAUGAAUUUUAUUUCAUUAAUGGGGUAUGUUUGGUUUCUGGGGAAAUGGAGGAAGGAUGCCUGUGGACACUCACAUGGGCUGGUCUGUCCUUUUGGAAGACAGUUGCCUAGAAUGGGAAUAUGGUGACUCCAAUGUGCCCAGGCCUGCCUGAGCCUCCUUCCUGCAGAGUGUGUGGGACAGAGGGAGCCUGAGCUGGCCGGGGCGCUUCCACUGUGCGGCACGGCCAAAUCCUUCUCUGUAGGGUCACUUCCUGGGGGGCGUGGGGCAUGGGCCUUCACAGGUGUUUCCUUCUCCACUGUUUCUCCUAAGGCUGAGAAGAAGAGCCACUACCAUUCAGUUACAUAGAUACAACUUAGAUAUAAUUUCUUAGAUGUAAUUUCUGAGUAGAUGGAUGUUUCUGCAUGGAAUAAUAAUUAAAAACAGCAGUGGUUCUGCCCCUUUCAUCUUUGGGACAGAAUCUUCCCCUCAUCAGUGACAUCUGUUAACAUCUUACAGUUUGGCACUGGGUGCAGAACCGGGUGCUCAUAGUUGUUGCUCAAUAAAAGUGGUGGCAUGAAAUCCAUUCUUGUGUUCCUGCAACCCUCUUGUCAGGGGAAGAAACCCAGGGAC